UCACGUAUAGUCCCCCACUUAAAGAGUGCUUUGCUCAUUACUUCAUUACAGUCCGAGUUUAGACCCGGCACAGACAAUAUGAAGUACUUUGGCGCGUUCUCGUAUUCAACCGUCUUCUACAUUCUGUAUUCCUUAUCGACGGCAGAAUGCGAAAGAAAAGAUUCGCAGUUUACUCCAAUCGUCAUGUGGCACGGAAUGGGCGACAGCUGUUGUUUCGACUUCAGCCUCGGAUCCAUAAAGAAGAAAUUAAAUGAAUCGAUGCCCGGCAUCUACGUGCAUUCCAUCAAGAUGGGCUCUAACGAGAUAGAAGAUGUUGAGAAUGGGUUCUUCAUGCAUCCGAACAAGCAGAUCGAGAAGGCCUGCGAGAUGGUCAGGAAUGAUGAUCGUCUUGUCGGCGGUUUCAAUGCCAUCGGCUUUUCACAGGGUGCACAAUUUUUGCGAGCUUUGGUGCAGAGAUGCGACGGUAUUCAAGUGAAGAAUUUAAUUUCUAUCGGAGGCCAACAUCAAGGUGUGUACGGACUCCCAAAUUGCGCGAGCCUCGAUCACAAACUCUGCGAUUACAUCAGAAAGUUGUUAAACCAUGCAGCAUAUUUGGAAGCCGUACAGAAUUUCUUGGUGCAAGCGACAUAUUGGCACAAUCCGUUAAAGGAAGAUGAAUACAAGAAAGGAAGCACAUUCCUCUCUGACAUCAAUAAUGAAGUGAACAUUAAUCAAACUUAUAUUGAUAGGUUGAUGAGCUUAGAAAAGUUCGUUAUGAUUAAGUUCGAGAAGGAUUCGAUGGUGCAACCGAUAGAAUCCGAAUGGUUUGGAUUUUAUAAACCUGGUCAAUCGGAGAUUGUCGAUAAACUGCAAGACACUAAGAUCUAUUUAGAUAAUCGAUUGGGGCUUCAGGAUAUGGAGAUGAGUAAUAAGCUAUCAUUUUUAUCUGUAGAUGGGGAUCAUCUGAAAUUCGAUUGGGGCUGGUUCAUCGAGAACAUACUCGAACCUUACUUGCGCUGAAGUUAAUUACUUUAAUGGGUUUUAUUAUCAUUAUUGUGUAUAUGUGUGUGUUUAUGUGUUUUUUAUGCCGCUGACAGAGGACAAUGGAUUGAACAAAAAAACAAAACAGAAAAAAUAGCGCGGAGUGAGUUGGUUGAUGAGGGGUACGAGGAGACAGACGGGGUGGAUGUUUAUAUAUAUGUAGGUGGGUCUGCUUGGUGUGGGGGUCCAGGAACGUAGUAUAAUUUUAAAUUACCCCAUAUUUGGCAUUGUCUAGAGUCGUCAAAAUACAACAAAAGGGAUUUUUUCGCUCGGCUUUAUAAACUAGUCUGAUUAAGGGAUGCGAGAUUCGCCCUUAUUCGCGGCGAACGCAAACAGCGUUAUGCAAAAUUCCUCCUUGUUCUGGGGGCUCAUUCAUUCAUUCAGAAUGCAUUAGGCAAACAGGCGCAGCAUAAUAUAACUAAUGGACGACAACACUGAUUGAAAAAUUUCACAAAACAUAAAGCGAAACAUUCCGCUGAAGAGCGGAUAUGAUUCAAUGAGGAUGAUGAUGUUGUGUUCUGUACAAACGGACCGAGAAAAAGCCUCGUUUUAUCAUCACAUAUUCAAUUCAUAUUCCCUCUGCAGCUCUCGCACAUACCUAGAUAUAUAUAUAUAUAUAUAAACACAUACACAUGUAACUUUCGCAUCCAAAUAAAUUGAGAGAAUAUCCAAUUUGCUAAAUUCACUCCAUCACAAAUAAAAAAAGGAUGCACGCACAUACACACAUUUAUACGCAAACACGUAACCCUUUAUAAAUUAGUUUUGUUACAAUAAAAGCAUGAAUACAUACGAAACUAAUUUUAUUAACAAGUUCCUGCACAUGUUUAAUAAUACAGUGCAAUGAUUAGUUGUAAUUAUAAUAAGUAAUCUACUUGUAAUGAUUAUAAGUGCUAAAUCAAUUU